AUCUAAUUCACUGUGUUAUAUUGGCAACACUGAUAUAUAUUAUUAGAUAUGUCAACAUUGUAUUGUGCUUGCUAUAAUGUGUUAUUAAAGAGAGACUACGUUCAAAUAAUUAAAUAUGGUUUAAUUUACACCAUCAUUGAAGAACAUAACAUGGCGCUGCGGCAAAACGUUGGCAAUUUAAAAUUGAAGAAGACAUCGGUAUUAUUUGUGUUCCAGAUAGAAAAAUUGUUAAGAUUAAUAAAUACAAUACCCAAGCACGCGGUGUAAAAUGGCAGAAGACAGAAAUACAAUUACGGGAUUGAAACCCCCAGAAUUUAAGGAACUAAACGCUGAAGGAUUUAAGAGAUGGAAAAGAAGAUUCGAAAUAUAUAGAAAGGCGUCGGGAGCGGACAAGAAACCAGAAGAUGUUCAAGUCGCAUUAUUACUUCACUGCAUGGGUGAAACUUGCAUCGACAUUUACGCUACGUUUGAGAUUGACGAGAAGCAAUCUACGUAUGAAGAGGUAAUAACUAAAUUUUAUGAUUACUUCGUACCGCGAGAGAAUCUUAGUGUGAAUGCGCACAUGUUUUUUAUGCGAAAUCAAAAUGAAGGUGAAUCGUUGGAUCAGUACCUGACAGAGUUGAGGAAACUAGCAAUCCAAUGCAAGUUUGGCGAACAGCAAGAACGCUUAAUAAAAGAUAAAUUAAUUACAGGUAUUAUAGAUAAAACUGCUAAAAAUAGAUUAUUAAGAGAACCCGACUUAACAUUACAGAAAGCUAUUGAAAUUUGUAAAGCUGCAGAACUAUCAGCGGAAAGGUUGCAGAAAACAGAAAGUAGUAUAUCUGGACAAGUAAAUAAGAUUAAUAAUAGGUCUAUGCCGAGCCAAUAUCCAAGAUCAAGAUCAAAGUCAAGAAGUAGAACUGAUACUAUGCAGACUUUUAGGCAGACAACGGGCAGGUCAACAGUAAUUUCAAAACAAUGUCAGCGAUGUGGUAAGCUACAUGACAAAAGAAAUUGUCCCGCUUAUAAUAAAAUUUGUUUAAAGUGCAAUAAAAUUGGCCAUUUUGCUAAACAAUGCCAAUCAGGCAGACAUAUUAAACAAUUGUACACAAAUUACAAAACAAAUCAUAAUCUAAUUACUGAAACUAAAUUAAACAGUGUUUGUAUCAAUAAUGUAUCUGCAUCAAAUAGAGAUUGGUCAGAAAAUGUAUACUUUGUGGAUUUAAAUAAGAAUUUAGAAUUUAAAUUAGAUACUGGUGCACAAUGUAAUGUUUUACCAAAAAACCUUUGUUACAAAAUAGGCAUAUGUACAUUUGAAAAAUCUAAUCUACAAUUGUCAAAUUAUAAUGGUGAUCCCAUACCUACAUUGGGACAAGUUUCCUUAAAAUGUAAAAUUGGUAAAGAAAAUCAGUUCAUAACAUUUCAAGUCUGUCAUGGAAAGCUAUUACCUAUAUUGGGGUUGGACACAAUAGAUAAAUUUAAAUUGAUUAAAAGAAUUCCAAGUUCAUUAAAUAAAAAUAAUACACAAAUACAAAAAAUUGAUAGUAAAGACACAAUGUUAGAAAAAUAUAAAGAUGUUUUUGAAGGCUUAGGACAGAUUAAAGAAUAUGAGUAUAAAAUUAUUUUAAGAAAUGACUGGCAAGGCAAGAUUGAACCUUGUAGACAUGUACCAUUUAAACUUUUAACAAAAUUAAAAUCUGAAUUAGAUAACUUAGAGAAGAUAGGGGUAAUUUCAAAAAUAGAGAAACCCACAGAUUUUGUUAGCAGUCUAGUCAUUACUUCAAAGCCAGACGGGUCUAUUAGAGUCUGCUUAGACCCACAAUAUUUAAAUAGUCAGAUUAAACGGGAACAUAUUAUGAUACCCACACUAGAAGAAAUAACCUCUAAAUUAAGUGGUAGUACAGUCUUUAGUACGUUAGACGCUAAUAAAGCCUUUUUCAUGUUAAAAUUAAGCAAUGAUAGUAAAGAAUUUACAACAUUCAUUACACCCUAUGGUAGAUAUUAUUAUAAUAGGUUACCUUUUGGUUUAUCAUCUAGCCCAGAAGUGUUUCAUAGAGUUUAUAAAAACAUAUUUAAAGAUAUUGAAGGUGUAGAAAUUUACAUUGAUGAUGUAUUAAUUCAUGCUAGAAAUGAAGAAACCCAUGAUAAGAUUCUAGAAAAAGUGUUGAAAAGAGCAAAAGAAAGUGGAAUUAAAUUCAAUAUAAAAAAAUGUCAGUUCAAACAAAAAGAAGUUAAGUAUUUAGGACAUAUUUUAAGUAGUGAAGGAGUGAAAAUUGAUAAGAAUAGAGUAAAAGCUAUUACAGAAAUGAGGGAACCUAAAGAUCAGAAAGAAUUGCAUAGAUUUUUAGGAAUGAUUACAUAUAUCUCUAGAUUUAUACCAAAUGUAUCUGAAGUGACAGCACCAUUAAGAGAAUUAAUUAAGAAAGAUGUAAUUUUCAUGUGGGGAAAUAGACAGCAAGAGUCGUAUAACAUGUUAAAGAAAUUAAUUAGUGAACCCCCAGUACUUAAAUACUUUCAAAUUAACCAAUUGAUAACUUUGAGUGUAGAUGCAUCCAAGGAUGGUUUAGGUUCAGUACUUUUACAAAAUGCUCAACCAGUAGCUUAUGGUUCAAGAGCAUUAACAGACACAGAGAAAUUGUACAGUCAAAUUGAAAAAGAAAGUCUAGCCAUUCUUUAUGGAUGUACUAAAUUUAAUCAAUAUUUGUAUGGUCAGAAAUUUGUUGUGGAAACAAACCACAAACCGUUGGUGGCAAUAUUCUCAAAACCUUUAAAUAAAUGUCCGAUUAGAUUACAAAGAAUAAGACUAGCAUUACAACCUUAUAUGUUUGAAUUAAUUUAUAAACCUGGUAAAGAAUUAUUAAUUGCUGACCACUUAAGUAGGUCUUUCAUAAAUGAUACAUCUAAAACAUAUGAUUUAGAUAAUAAAUGUUAUGCACAUGUUGCUAUGGUGAUAAAUAAUUAUGAUAUAACAGAUAAAAAAUUAAAGGAGAUAAUAGAGGAAACGGCAAAAGAUGAGAAAUUAGUAAAAAUAAUUAAAUAUAUUAGAGAAGGUUGGCCCGAAAAUAAGUGGCAAGUAGAAAGUGAAAUAAAGUGUUAUUAUAGUUAUAGAGAUGAGUUAGGUGAAUGGGAAGGUUUGAUAGUAAAAGGAAAUCAAAUUGUGAUACCAAAAAGUAUGAGAAAAGAAAUUCUAGGUAAGAUACACUAUGCACACUUAGGAAUCGAGAAAUGUAAACAAUUAGCAAGAAAAACAAUAUUUUGGCCUAAUAUGUCUAAAGAAAUAGAAGAUUUAAUACAAAAUUGUGAUACAUGCAAAAGUUUUCAGAAUAGGAAUAGGAAAGAGGAAAUGAUUGAAAAAGAAAUACCUGAGGGACCUUGGCAAAUAGUAGCAACUGAUAUUUUCUUUCUUUAUAGAAAUCCAUAUAUACUAGUGGUAGAUGCUUAUAGUAAAUUUGUGGAAAUAGAAAAGUUAAGUUCUUUGUCAGCUCAAGACACAAUUAAUAGUUGUAAACAAAUAUUUGCACGCUAUGGAAUACCUAAAUUAGUAUAUUCAGAUUCAGGAACUCAAUUUACAGGACUAGAAUUUAAAAAGUUUUCAGGUAGUUGGAAUUUUGAACAUAAGAUAGUUAGUCCAAAACAUCAUCAAGGCAAUGGGUUAGCAGAAAGACACAUACAAACUAUUAAAAAUAUUUUGAAAAAAUUAAUAUAUGAUAACAAAGACAUCUAUUUGGGUCUUCUUUUACAUAGGAAUACACCUAUAGAUAAUAACUUGAAAACAGCAGCCGAACUUAUGUUUAAUAGGAAUAUUAGGACUAUCAUACCAUCUUUUGAAGGACGUUUCAUAAAGCAUAAUGUAAUAAAUUAUAGAGAAAAACUAAUUGAAAAACAAAGAAAGCAAAAGUUACAAUAUGAUCAGGGAUGUAGGAAUUUACAGGAUUUAACUGAAGGAAAUGUAGUAAAAAUACAAAAUGAAAGCGGAGAGAAACCACAUAAAAGUGGGAUAGUGAUAGGAAAAAGUAAUGGACCGAGAUCAUAUAAAAUAAGAAAAGAGAACGGUGAUAUAAUAGUAAGGAAUAGGAGAAUGUUGAUAAAAGGAGGAAAAUAUAAGGAUAGUAUUAUAGAUGAUUGGGGUGAUUGUGAAAAUGAUAGUAUAGAAGGAAAAGAAUUUAUUGAAAGUCAAGAUAGACAUGAACCGGAAACAAAGCAUGUAAGAUUUGAAAUUAAUAAUCAUAAUGAAAAAACUGUGUAACAAGAUCAGGCAGAGUGAGUAGGAAACCUUCAAUUUUGAAAGAUUAUGUAUUAUAAUUAAGUUUAUUAAUGUAAAACUGAUUAAAUAAAUAAAUAAAUGUGAAUGUGUGAAGGUUUAAAUAGUUUGUGUAAUAGUAAGAUAAAUGAAAAAGUUUGUAAUUUCAGUAGAAUGGAAAAUGUUAUAUGUAAUAGUAAUUUUGUUAAUUUAGUUGAAAAUGUAACCUAUCUGUUUUGGAAAAGGGAGAUGUUAUAUUGGCAACACUGAUAUAUAUUAUUAGAUAUGUCAACAUUGUAUUGUGCUUGCUAUAAUGUGUUAUUAAAGAGAGACUACGUUCAAAUAAUUAAA